AUGGACUUGGGCACCCCCAGCCCUGCUGUUCAUUCCCCGUCCAUCCCCCACCCCUCCAUCUGCACCCCGCUCUUCCCGCUGCCGCUGCCCUGGGUGAGAAGCCGACGAAGGGGGGAAGCGAGGAACCAGUGUGAAUUUUCUGCUGCUCUCGCCCCCGCUUUCUCACACUCGCCCGCUCUGCGUCAGCCGACCGAGUCCCCGAGGGGGAGGGGAGGCCCGGAUCCCAAAACGGGUGUCCCCCAACCCGGGUGUCCCCCAACCCGGGUGUCGGAAGAACCGGGGGAGCUGGGGCUCGGUGGCUUUGAGGAGAGCGGUGACCCCGAGACGCUGACCCUCGCCCCUGGGCCGGCCGGCCUCGAUGGCUGGCACAAGUGGGCCCGUCUCACGGCUUGGGUUGGGGAGAGGGUGGUCGGGGACCCCGGGCGGGCUGGUGGGGAGUGGCAGAGCCUGGCACCCCACCGGCCCUCCCCCACCCCAGCUUAUUCCGAGUACGAACAACGCGGGCCGGCGGCGGCGGGGGUUCCCGCGGCGGGUCCGGCGGGCGGGGAGGCCGACGGGGCCGCGCCCAAGGUGGAGACCGUGAAGGGUCAGCCCUUCGACGUGGGGCCGCGCUACACCGACCUGCAGUACAUCGGGGAGGGCGCCUACGGCAUGGUCAGCUCGGCGUACGACCACGUGCGGAAGGCCCGGGUAGCCAUCAAGAAGAUCAGCCCUUUCGAGCAUCAGACCUACUGCCAGCGCACACUGCGAGAGAUCCAGAUCUUGCUGCGCUGCCGCCAUGAGAAUGUCAUCGGCAUCCGCGACAUCCUGCGGGCUCCGGCGCUGGAGGCCAUGCGGGAUGUCUACAUCGUGCAGGACCUGAUGGAGACAGACUUGUAUAAGCUGCUGAAGAGCCAGCAGCUGAGCAAUGACCACGUCUGCUACUUCCUGUACCAGAUCCUGCGCGGCCUCAAGUACAUCCACUCGGCCAACGUGCUCCACCGAGACCUCAAGCCGUCCAACCUGCUCAUCAACACCACCUGUGACCUCAAGAUAUGUGACUUCGGCCUGGCCCGGAUCGCCGAUCCUGAGCACGAUCACACGGGCUUCCUGACGGAGUACGUGGCCACCCGCUGGUACCGGGCACCGGAGAUCAUGCUCAACUCGAAGGGCUACACAAAAUCCAUCGACAUUUGGUCUGUGGGUUGCAUCCUAGCCGAGAUGCUCUCCAACCGCCCCAUCUUCCCCGGGAAGCAUUACCUGGACCAACUCAACCACAUCCUGGGCAUCCUGGGCUCCCCGUCCCAGGACGACCUAAACUGCAUCAUCAACAUGAAGGCGCGGAAUUACCUGCAGUCCUUACCGCCCAAGCCCAAGGUGCCCUGGGCCAAGCUGUUCCCGAAGGCCGACUCCAAAGCCCUGGACCUCCUGGACCGGAUGUUGACCUUCAACCCCAACAAGCGCAUCACAGUGGAAGAUGCCCUGGCCCACUCCUACUUGGAGCAGUACUACGACCCGACGGACGAGCCAGUGGCGGAGGAGCCCUUCACCUUUGACAUGGAGCUGGAUGACCUGCCCAAGGAGCGGCUGAAGGAGCUCAUAUUCCAGGAGACGGCGCGUUUCCAGCCUGGGCAUCCUGGAGCACCCUGAGACGGGGACUUGCCCUCAGUGGCCCGGGUCUCUCUCCUGCCUGCCCCCUCCCCGCUGGACUGUUUGAAAACUGGACGCCGCUCACUCCCUGGCCUCCCGGCCCAGACGUACCGGGCAACUGGGGGGCCUGGUUUCCCCCACUUGUAAUGUGCUUUGCCCCAGAGCCAGACUCGCUUCCCCUCUUCCCUCCAAGGGAAGCCUGGACCAAACCUCCCUCUGACCUCGCAAGUUCUGCCCCCACGUCCCGUCUCUCUUGGGUGACCGUCCCCGCUUCUCCCUCCCCUCCUAGCCUGGGGACCCACCUUCUGGGAGGGGCCUAGGAGGGACCCCGGAGAGGGUGCCACCCUCUCACUCUUCGAAUAACCAUCUCCUUUCUGAAGGGCUAAUGCUGCCUCUCUGCCUCGAACCCACCCCGAAAAUCCACCUCCCGCGUGGUGAGCUGGCAGUUGAGGAAGGCCUGGGCCCUUGCCUUGCGUCUGCCUUCCAGCAUGAAACAUUCCUGACUCAAGGGCUAGUUUGGAGUUCGGGUGGGUGAGGGGACGGGGGGGUUCUGAGGAGAGGGGCUCCCCGCCGGCCCCCUUUACCUUCCUGUGUCUGCCACAGCUGCCACGAAUACCCCGUCAGCCCGGGGGAGAGCCUCCGCUGCUUGUGUGUGUGGGUCUGUGUAUGCGUGGGGGGGAAGGGACGGACCGCCAGCCAGCUCUCCCUACGGUUAGGGGAUCUGGACUAGAGUCUCCCUGCUCCUGUAUCUAAUAUAUAAAUCUAUAGAUGUGUAUACCAA